AUGGUUGUGCGGCCAUUGUUCUGUAUGUUGGUGUUUGUAGCUUUUGUAACAAUUUUGUUUGGCGCAAAUGUUGUUUAUCUGUUGGGUGAGGCAGAAUCUUCAACUCUUAGGCGCGCGACCAAUGGUACAUUGAAGGAUUCUGAUGAUUCAUGGGUACCGUUUGACUCGGAAAUGGCGAUUGGUCGAGCAUACAGUGCCGUUGUGUGGUUAAAUGGUUCCCUCGUCAUCAUUGGUGGUUGUAGAGAUGUUGCGUGUACUCAGCGCGUCAAUGCCGUUGACAUUGUGGACCCCAGUGAUCAAACGGAGCCACAGCACAUGGAACUUCCCAUCAAACUGGGCGGUCGAGGACUUGGUAGUGGGGCACACGGGAAUGCAACACCUCUUAUGGUGGCUGGCCCCACGAGUGCAGUACGGGUAGAUGAUAUUGAUGACCAAAACAAUUCGGGCGUAUAUGUUGUUGGUGCCUGCAGUUAUUACUACCCUGAGAGGGAUGGGUUUCCGCAGUCCCCGUUGGUUAGGGAGCAGUACGCGAGCAUAUGGGCACUCUCUAAUGAUAUGACCAAAGUUGUGGAUCACUUUCUCAUACAGUCAUGGGUCAGUGACUCAAGGGGAGCAGAGGCGGAAGAGCGCGUGGGUGACAGUGUACCAGCGGGCACAGUACUUCGUGCCAACGCUACAUGUGCCUCACAUGGCCAUUUACUCUUCAUCGUGGGCGGAGUUGAUAUGAACACGGGCGGAGUUAUUGGCACUGUGGAUGUGUAUGAUACACAGAAACGGCAGUACCAUCCCGAUAUCUUCAACCUCACAACGGCAGUGCGAAACCCGCUCGUCACACUUGAUAACGCACUUAUGUAUGUUGUCGGUGGUGAGGUGCAUCAUGACGGGCCCCUUGAGCAGCGGGAAUCGGAACUGUUUCGCGAGUGCUCAGAGGGGCACAAAUGGGUCAAUGCGACAGACAAUUCCGGUGAAGUAUCUUCCGUGGGUUUGUGGUGUCCUACACCCGCAGUGCAGGUUGUUAUGCUUGUUGAAAGUGAUCCGCUUGUAAAUGACGACAACAGUAGCAAAACUAGUGCGUCCCUUUCCUUGUCUCUUAUACCUGGUGUGCCAUGUAACAUGGAACUGAGCAUUCCCAGUCCUCAAAAAAGGCAUAUGUUUGCCUUCAACGGUAGGUUGUGCGUUAUGAUGAAUAGUAGUUUCGUCAAUUGCCUCGACAUUGAGAAACUUUUCAACCACACAAAUCCCAACAACGGAAAUGAUAGCAGCCCAGAUAUGUGGGAACCGCUGAUUGGCGGUAGAAGCCCACUUCCAACUGAGAUAUCAACACCCUUUGCUUUCCCACUCUCAACUGGACUUCUUGGUGCAACCAUGGUGUUCUUUAAUAUUGGUGGUUUCGAUGCUGAUGGUACGGCUUCCACUCGUCUCUUCUACCGUGCGAGUGAUGUUGCGGUCACAAGCGUAGCUGAGGUGCGUGCUGUAAUACCCGUUGGUGUCCCGCUUAACCUCACCUUGCGGCCACCCCGCAGCGGAUUUGUGCGGUUGUCUAGUAAUGUCCGCUGUACGGAUAACGUGGCGGGGACUACGGACGCACAAGUAUUCCAGCAAGAGGACGAAGCGACGGUGGCGGUGUUCUACCCAAUGGGUGAGGCAACGCGUGUUUUCGUGUGCUUUGCCAAUGGUUUUGUACCUCUCCCUUGUGUGGACAGAGGUUGCCCUGCAGCGGUAGAAAUGUCUCUUCUCUAUACUCCGGUCACCUUCACGCCGUUCAGAAUUCAUCAUGAGGUGACUCCGCAACCCCAGGAAGGUCUAAACCGCAAACUUCUGUACACUAUUGGCGUCUUUACCACUUGCCUCGCUGGUCUUAUCGUGGUGGUGGUGACAACAACGGUAAUUUCUCGUCCUGUAACCGCUGGGGGACCCGAUGGGGACUAUACUGUACAUCUUCUUGCGAAGGAAGAGAGAAAGACAAUUGGUAGCAGAAUAUCUCCCAAAAGGGCAGGCGGGAGAAGGCAGUUCGUGGCAGAACCAGAUAGAAGCCAUAGGAGGAAAGUUGCCGAAGCCGCAAGUGGGUCGGCUGCAACUCCGCGGAAUCUAAGAAUUGCUGGGGAUGGUGCAAAUUUCAGAACAGAGAUGGAUAUGGUGGUAAAGAACACUACACGGGACUCGCGCUACGAGGUGGUACGACGUAUUGGAGAAGGUGCAUUUUCGUCUGUAUAUUUGGUCAAGCAUAGACGCAGCAAACAGCAGUUCGCUCUCAAAUACCUUGUGUGCAGAGAUAACAAAGAACGCUUAGACGCACUAAGGGAGUGUGAAACAAUUAACUCCCUGCAGGGCCACCCAAACAUUAUACGAAUUGUGGAAAUGUUCAUGAAUUAUGAGUUUACAGGUGGUAAUGAAUCUCCUUCAACACCACAGGCCUUCUUGGCGCAUGCGAUGACAUCUCCAUAUGUUUUUCAGCCGAAGCGAGGAUCUUGUGCGUUUGCAUCGAAGGAAAUAAAUUGUUCGCGCCUCGACGCACCUCUGUUGGAUGCAGGUAUCCCGCGUGCACCUGCGGGACCGCAUGGAGAAAAACGUAAUAUACCUGAAGUGCCGGCAAGUCAGAAACCGUUGGCUGAACCUCAGAAGGUCGAUAUCACAGAUCCUGCGAGAUCACACACGGCUAAAGGUACGGAUGAAGUGUCUUAUAUGCCACCACCGUCGAUCGGCAAGCGGAGUAAAGAGGACAAUCUGGUCUCCACUGCACCUCCUCCAUCAGCAUCUGCUGCCUCGGUGUCAACACAUUGUGGAAGUGUACGGUCUUCAAACCACGCACAGCCUCCUCCUGAUGUGCAUGAAACAUCACCGCCAAAUGCACCGACCCGUUUAACCACGUCCAGUGCUGUUGGAGCAGAGGGGAACUCGGCAACUGUAGCAGUAAGGACCGUAGGUACACCAUCGCAGCUAACUACACCAGCCCGACAGCAAGCCAUCGUGGUUCACUACCCCAACUUUGCGCAACCCACGGAACCAAUGCCGUCCCCUAUAGUUCAACAACAACAACAGGGCGAAAACAACGACCAGUGCGAGCAGCAACAGCAGGAGGGCGAAUCACUUACCACUUCAAAGAGAACAAGCUAUGCUCCACGGGGUGGAAUACACUACAAGGACUUCGAUAUCGCAAUAUCUGCUUCUGGUGUCGCCAGAUGUCCACAACCGGCAUUACCGCCAACACCCACAUUACCCAAUUACGUGCAACCGGCCGCCGGAAGUGUGCAAUACACCAACUUUGUGGCGGAGGACUUAUGCGCCUGCGCACCUACGCAUUGUUCGGUGCCGGCGAUGUCCAAACCGAAGUCGGUCGCAGACGCCGUGCGUGCAGCUCGCCUCCAGAGGAAUAGCUCAACUAAAGUGUUGACUGCAGAAAUUGACACUUCUAGUAUUUUAGGUGGCCACAUUGGAAGGGAGGGUCGCGUGUCAUCUUUGCAAACAGUGGCGACAUAUCAACCGUCACUGAUGGGGCAGCAGGUUCAACGUAGUGAAAGAGGCCGAAACAAUGUUUGUUCUCACUCGCUUGGUGCCGUGACUAACACCAACCAUAGGGUGGACGGCACACAAACACCGGGGAGACAGCCAUACUCAAUGGGAAAUGGAGUUGUUAUAUUACCAACGAAUGAUAAUGUACCUCCAGCUUCACUCUGCCACUCACCACUCAAACCAGUGGCUGAAGUGAGGGAACGUUCUUCACAGCCAUCACCGGACCAAGGACUAGCUCAUAGCCGCUAUCUAGGACUUGUCAUGGAGUAUCAUCCGCUUGGUGACCUCUGUGGUUACGCUAUGCGACACUCCGCUACCCAUAACCCCAAGGUUCGCUCCCAACUAGAGAGGGAAAAGCUGCAAGCAGCAUGUGCAUAUGAAGAAAAACUUAAUAAACGAGAUGAGGAUACUUCGGACGGGGUGCGUCUAAUUUCCUCUAACAGUCAAAGCCCGCUUCUCCCUCCAGAAGUCACUGCGCCGAGGUUGUUUUGUGGAGAAGACUCUUGCGGUUCAUCGCCAUGUGGGCGAGCCGCAGCACCCGACCGUAGAGUAGGUGCGGCUUCCACUAGUAACUGUGGCAGUGGUAUGAAUGACAUAUACAAGAAACUGGAGGACAUGUUUGUGAUGCGCGAAAACCCCUUCACGGAGCCGCAACUACUCUCAAUUGCAUACCAACUUUCUUCGGUUCUUCACCACUUGCACUCGCAGCGCCCGCCUAUAGUACACCGCGAUCUUAAGCCCGAAAAUAUCCUUAUUCGUGGGAAUCCCCUUGACUGCAGUGGGAGCUCGCGCCAUGAGCAUGGGGGCAGCAAAUCUCAUCACGGUUGCAACAGGGAAGGUGGAAGCAAGGAGGGGAAAGACGUUACCUCUCCGCUUGCCGUUGCAGUUGAGGUGUUUGACGAAACGCCGAAGGAAAGGGGAAAGUCACCGCGGUCCACCAGUCGCGGUGGUUGCCCAACGAGAAUUACAGCAGAUAUCAUUCCUAUUGUUGUAACGGACUUUGGCCUUGCUUUUGUGCUAGAGGGGCGCCGCAAGAUGGGGCGAGGAGGUGGCACACGACCGUACAUUGCACCGGAGUGUUGGGUUGGUCAAACCUCUACAGCAAGCGACUUGUGGAGCCUCGGUUGCGUGCUGUAUGCUCUUGCAACAGCCCGUGUAACGGUACAGACGGUGCGUCUGAUGUACGAGGAGGCCGAACGGGAGGGUUUUGCUGCCAUGGUGAUGAACGACAUCCUGGCGCGAAACUAUUCGCUGGAAUUUGCUAGUUUCGUUCUAUCACUACUGGUGACCGAUCCCGACAAGCGGCUAACUGCAAAAAUGGCAAUGCAUUGUUUUGAGGUUGUGGGUGAAAACUUUGAGGCAACGCAUGUUCAAUUCAACCCUAAUAGCCCCUUCUUCAGUAAUGUCCAGGAGCUUUAA